AUGUUGGAACGGCCGGUGUCCAUGACAACUCUUAGCCAGACCCUACGUGGUUUGACCAAUCCCUAUGAGAAGGAACACACGAAAGGGCAGGAGGACACCAUCUUUGAUCUGUUCAAGAUCCCUGGUAAAAACGAAGCUUCAAUCGGACGAUUGCUUACAGUGCUCAAAGCGUUUGGUCUCCGUAUGGAAGAUCCUCGGCUGAAACCGAUGAUGCGAAAAUUAAAGCAGAUUGAAAAACAAGAAGAAGAAAAGAUGAAAGAAGUCCUCGAACCGAAACAUUGGAAACUGAACAGAGAGCAGUUUAAAGAAUGUGUUGCGUGCAGUGUGAAUUUGAUCGUACAAGCAUUACAAAACAACCUUGUUAUCCCUUCUUGGGGUGCAUUUGUCGAUCAAAUCCGAGUUUUCUACAAUGAAUGUCGGGAAAUUACCGACGGCACUGUGGCCAGCUACAUUCCUCAACUGGCACGGCAAUCACCUGAUCACUGGGGAAUAUCGAUUUGUACUGUUGACGGACAACGAAUAUCCUUCGGCGAUUCCAAAACUCCAUUCUGUAUACAAUCAGUUUCCAAGGCUUUCAACUAUGCAAUCGCUGCAUCGGAUCUUGGCGCCGACUACGUGCAUUCAUAUGUUGGACAAGAGCCAAGUGGACGUCUUUUCAAUGAAAUUUGUCUCGAUGCGAAAAACAAACCUCAUAACCCAAUGGUAAACUCGGGUGCUAUUAUUGUAACAGCGCUCAUCAAAAAUACUUGGAAUAUGGCUGAUCGAUUUGAUUAUGUGAUAACACAGUAUCGAAAGAUUGCCGGAGGGGAGUACAUAGGUUUCAAUAAUGCUACAUUUCUCUCUGAAAGGGCUACAGCCGAUCGAAACUACGCACUGUCGUACUAUAUGAAAGAGAAUAAGUGUUUUCCUCCUGAGACCAAGUCGCUGACGGAUGCUAUCGACUUCUAUUUCCAACUCUGCUCAAUAGAAGGCAACUGUGAAUCGCUUAGUGUAAUGGCGGCCACACUGGCAAACGGAGGAGUAUGCCCUAUAACAAAUGAGAAAUGUAUCGAUUCAAAUCCAUGUCGGGAUGUACUGUCGCUGAUGUAUAGCUGUGGUAUGUACGAUGCAUCGGGACAGUUCUCAUUCUCGGUUGGGCUACCAGCAAAAUCUGGUGUGUCAGGUGUGAUGAUCGUAGUGGUACCGAAUGUGAUGGGCAUUGCUCUGUGGUCCCCACCAUUGGAUCGGAUGGGGAACAGCCGUCGUGGUGUCGAGUUCUGCAAGAAGCUUAUCGCCAAGUUCAACUUUCACAAUUAUGAUUGUCUCCUGCAUACGACAUCAAAUAAGAUCGACCCGAGGCGACGAGAUUUCCUUGAACGCGACGCUGUAAUGCCCGCAAUGUAUGUGGCUCGAUCGAGGGACAUGGUGGCCUUACGCAGAUUAUAUAUGCAAGGCGUAGACCUGUCUACCUGUGACUAUGACCGUCGUACUCCUCUACAUGUGGCUGCCAGUGAAGGUGAUCUCAAUAUGGUGAAAUUUCUUGUGAACGUGGCCAAGGUGGAUGUAGACGCCCGAGACAGAUGGAAUCGAUCCGCUCUAGACGAUGCUCGAUUCUUCAAACACUCUGCCUGUGUUGACUUUUUGGAACGUGCCGUAGCUCGGGUAAGGAAUUCAAGCCGUUUAAAUUCGUAA